AUGGCCGAGCAGGAUACUUAUUUGGCUAUUGAAAAUACUGAUCAACUGCUAGAGCACGCAUCAGUUAUAGUUGAAGAGACCGAUAAACUGACAUCUCUGAGAGAAGGGCUAAGAACUAUGAGCAUAUUAGCAAAGGAACAUGUCCAAGACAUGGAACCAGUUGAAGCUGAUUGGUUAUUGAAGGUCAGAGAUAUUGCUUAUAAGAUACAGGAUGUAGUUGGUUUAAUGGUUGUAGAGACUAACCAUCAAAGUCAGAAGAGCAUGCUAGCAAGGAGGUUGUCAAGAAAAACGUCAGCGAAAAAUUAUGAGGAGAUACAGAAUAUAGAAAAAGAAAUCAAAACUAUUUGCUCCUUUAAAGAUGAUGCUGAAUCAAACACGGAGUCUCACCAUGGCCGUAGUAGUAUCGAUGAGGUAAUCGGAUUUAAAGAUUCCCAGCAGACUCUAACAAAUCAGCUCAUUGGUGAUAUGGGAUCACAACGUAAGGUAAUUUUGAUCUCUGGAAAGGCAGGCUCAGGAAAAACUACUUUGGCCAAGAUGGUUUGCAAUGAUGAAAAAAUCAAAAACCAUUUUAAGUGCGUAGAGUGGGUAAAUUUUCAACAACAACUCUCGCUUCAAGAGUUGUUGUGUAGAAUUUUGAAACGGAUCAAGUCGUCUAAAAAUAUUGAUAAUCUCAGUACGGAUGAGGUGAAGGCAGAGAUUUCAGAAAGUUUGAAACGCAAUAGGUAUCUUGUAGUCAUUGACAAUAUCCAUAACAGAGAUGUAAUGACUCAACUUUUGUGUUCAUUUCCUGACGAGUUGAACGAAAGUGGAUUUUUAUUAACAAGUAAAUUGACACAAGAAGAGUUAGAAUCAGAGCAGAUGAUUUCAUUAUCAUAUGAAGUUCAAGCUCUGGAUAAAAACCAGAGCUGGCAGCUGUUGUCAAAGAAGGUAUUUGAGGGGGGAAAUCCUCCAGAGCAUCUAGAAAGUUUUGGUAAAAGACUGGCAGACAAAUGCAAGGGCUUACCCCGUGCCAUUCUGACUCUGGCAGAAAUCUUGAAUCAUGCAGAGAAAACGCAAGAAUUGUGGUCUGAGUUCCUCAAGAAUUAUGAUGACCUGUUCCCUAAAUAUGAAAAACUUUCACCAAAAGAAAAGUCAUGCUUGUUAUACUUUGGUCUUUUCCCUUUGGGUUUGUCACCUGCAAAGCAAAUGAUCAAAAUGUGGAUGGCUGAAGGGUUUCUGAUACAAAAAGGAAGCAACAAAGUAGAAGAAAUCGGAGAGCAUUACUUGAACAAAUUAAUCAAACAAUCUUUCAUCCAAGCAGACACAAAAAAGGCAGAUAACAGUGGUAAAACAUGCGACACUGACAUCCUUGUCUCAGAAUUUUGCAAAGCUGAUGCUACCAAGACUUUUGAGAUUCACAUGGACAAGAACUCCAAACCUAAAAAAAAUAUUACAAGGAUGGCGAUUCAUAAUGAUUCUGCCACAGAAAUUCUGAAAAGCUUUGGAGACUGUCCCCACGUUCGUUCUCUUCAUUGUUUUGGUAAGAAAGCUGAUCCCACCUCCUUAUGCUCAGCAGAGUUCAAGAAAAUACUAAAUCAGUUUCUCAAGCUUCAGGUAUUAAACUUUGGUUAUGUUGAGUUGGAUAAAGUGCCCAAAGACUUAGGAAAGCUGACAAAUUUAAAGUAUAUAAACUUAAGGGCUUCCAAUGUGAAAAAGCUGCCAUCUACAAUUGCCAACCUUCAACAAUUGUUGACACUAGACAUGAGAGAUUCUGGUCUAGUUAGCUUACCAGAUGGAAUAUGGAAGAUGCAGUUCCUCCGGCAUCUCUACGUUGGCGGUUCAAGUUUGCUACCAAAGCCUCGUGGAAUUGAUUACUAUAGAGCUCUUUCAAACCUUCAGACUCUUUAUGGUGUACAGUCAGACAAGGUUUUGAAGGGCCUAAUGGUGAGGGCCAAGUUCCCUAAUGUUACAAAAUUGAGAGUAGGCAGUUCCCAUCUGGACCACACAUAUGAUUUUCUAAAAAGCCUUGAUCAUCUUUACCAUCUUCAAUCAUUAAGGCUAGAAAAACCUUCCAAACUCCCAAACCAAAAUGCCUUCCCCUUGAGCCUUACCAAGCUAACUCUCUUAGAAACUGAACUAGAUCCAGAAUGUAUCAAGACACUAGAGAAACUGCCAAAUCUAAGAAUCCUUAAAUUACUCAAGAAGGCUAUUAACGGAGAAAAUCUUGAGUGCAGUGCAGGAGGAUUCUUACAACUGGAAGAAUUGUACAUGGAAUAUUUGGAUGUGAAGGUGUUGAAACUGGAGAAAGGGGCAAUGCGAUGUAUCAAACAUUGCUUCAUCAGAGGCUAUAAUGAUGUGGAGAUACCAGAUCAACUGAAAUUGGUGGCAAACAUAACCGUAAUUGAGGCAAAUGGAGCUGAAUAA